AGGUGGCCUCAUCGGCACAUUAACAAAAAAAAAACAACGUACAGGAUUCAGGACGCACGCCGUUAAUAUGGGCAUCAGCUUCGUUCCGCUGGUCGUGGUAGCCGUGAUACCAAUAAUCAUCGGUAGUUUUGGUAGUGUCGUCGGGAAGAGAAGCAUCACGGACAACGAUAUCGCUAAUGUCGAUUAUCCUGAUUAUUCGGCCAAAUACAACGAUUAUCCGGUAGUGCCAAAACGAGCGGCUCUGUUGUUCGAUCAACUAUUGGUAGCUCUACAGAAGGUAGUCGAUAAUCAGGAAAAAGGUGCAGUAGGAAGCAGAGGUAUAGGAAAAUCAUCGGUGUCUCAUCAUUUCCCAGGUGCCAAUUCGGAAAUCGUCCCUGUGGUGCAUGACCAAACGAUGGACUUGCAACGACGUGGACAAGCCAAGGGUGAGAUUUUCUGGCGCUGUUAUUUCAACGCUGUCACGUGCUUUAAGAGGAAGUGAUAAUGACCAUGCCGCCGUCAGUUCUCCUUAAGAUCCCCGAAGACCAAACGAGAGCGCGCUGUUUCGUAUCAUUUCCUCGACUUAGCUGCAGCAGCACGACGAGAUUGUAGCAGUGCUUUCCCGGCUAGAAAGAUGAGAAAACAAAUGAAGAUCAACGAUGUACAGUAGCGCGAAUUUGCGUGAUUAUUCAUUCUUGGGAUGUCGAAUCGAUUCUCCUUCAAUCUCUUCAAUCACUUUUCUUUGCGUGCCAAAAGGAUACCUCUGCCUUUCCUCUCAGUAACUAUCGCCAUCCUGUCUCCUCUAUCGCGGAUCAUAAGCGACAUGUCGGGAAGGAAAUUAUCUAUAAUUUCUCUCUUGCUUAUAAAGUAAACGAUUGAAAGCCUAUUAAACGAUUCUCUUCAAUCGAAAUGAAACGGUAUAGACCUAAGUUAAACGAAUUUCUUCGGUUUCUUCCGUUUCGAUUUUACGAAUUACUUUAAGAUAUGAUUCUUCCCUUCUGUUCAGUUUUAUUCUUUGUCUUUAAUGUUACUCAUGAACGUAUUAAGAAAUAUAUAGUUUUUAUAAUGUUAUCUUAUUGCUGAUGUAAACGUUCAAUUACGUAAACUCUAAAGAUUAAAAUAGGAAUUCUUGCGUCAUUGUUUCCUCUUUCUUUUUUCGAUUGAA